AUGUCUUCAGGAUGCCACAUGACUCUCCAUCUUUCAGAAUGCCCAGAAAAGGCUGUAAAGUGUCCCGUUGCUGGUUGUACAGCUAUAAUCUGCUUACAAAGUUCAAAAGAGCAUGUUGUAAUAGCUGCUUCUUCUCACACAGUACUACAGGCAGGGGAGGUACAACAAUUGAGAGGAAUCAUACAUUUUAAGAAUUUCAUAGUUCGCACCUAUUACAUCUGUUUACAGGGAAGAAAGUCCUCAUUAGAGCUGCAUGAAGCAUGCGUCCACUCCUUUCGUUGGAAGGUGGAUCACGACUUGCCAAAUAUCAAGAAAACAGUGGCAAGCAGAGACUACCGGUGCCAAAAUGGAGAUAGGUGGCGAGGCCUGCCUGUGUUUAAGGAACAGAAGCUUAGUCUGUAUGUGCAACUCACUUCUGCCAUUAUUCCGGUAACAGUCGAGGUUAGGUAAGAAAGAAAGUCCACCUGCUAAAGUCUGACCUCAAAUUCAUAAUUGAAAUGAACAUUCAAAGUUUUGUCCAAGCCUUUUUUCGGCCUUAUUGCAGAUAAAAUAGAUUAAGAUCAACUCCAGUUUGUUAUUACUCACACAUAAUAAAAAAACUGGCCAGUAUCAAAAUACGUUAUUAUCCUAUUACUGGAUCAAUUAUAUCAGAAUAUGGAAUGUCGCAUUGCCACCGUUG